AUGGAGCGUGAUUCUGGAUCCUUCAGAGAUUUAGUUUUUGAUGGCCGUCCAGCAAACUACAGAGAAUUCAGGAGAAAAACAAUUCUUGCAGUAGCAGGCCUGGAGGAGAAACAUGUUCACCUCGCAGGUCCACGUCUUUUGACCAGGUUGCAGGGUGAGGCUUAUCGAGCCACUGAGCACCUUUCAGUGUCGGAUUUGCGCCGUUCAGACGGCUGGCUGCAGGUCCUGAAGGCCCUGGACAAGCAUUACGCUUUUCUGCCAGAGACCGAACUGCAUGAAGCAAUAGAUAGCUUUUUGUUCGACCUUCGCAAACGACCUCAUGAAGGUGCCACGCAGUUUGCAAGCCGCUUCAAGACUGCGUUGUCCCGUGUGCAAGCCUUGGUCGCCCAAGACCGUGCUGCUUCGAAGUCCAAGAAACGUAGAACUUCUGGUCCUGAAUCCAAUAUGCCUGAUGCUGAGACGCCGCCUGCCAGUAGCCUAGCACCUACCGAAGGUGAAGAUGAAGAUGAUGAGAAGGAAGAUGAAAAGCCGCCUUCUGCAUGUGCUGGUGAAAAAGAUGAAAAAGAUCAAGCUUCUCAUGAAGAAGAACCGAAGUCAGCCCGUAGCCAUGCCUCUUCAGCUGAGGGUAGGAGAAAGAAAGGUCCCGGUUCUGGUAAAAGCUCUCGUGGAACUUUUGCUGCUGAUCGUAAACGUGAAGAACUGAGAAUGGCUCAUUUGUUGGGCACAAUUGAAGUUGGCCAUACAAAGCCGUCUCCUAUUUUUCCAUCAACAGUUUUGGGUCAUUUGUUCAUGCGCAAGUAUGGUCUUUCCCGUGAACAACGUGCACAAGUGAUCCGUUCAACUGGUGGAUCAUCGAAAUUUCAUGAAGUGGAGAAGAUUUUGAGAGCCUCUGAUUUUGAUGAAUCUAGGAGCCGUGCUGAUGAGCGACGACAUGCCCCUGUGUCCCAUUCUGCCAGACCGCCUCGCAGAGAUACUAUGAUGAUUCAGCAAGAAGCCCAUGCCGUGGAUGAUGAAUCUUCUGAAAUCAUGGAACCAAUGACCAGUGGUUCCGAAUCUGACCAUGCACUAGCAGUUGAUCAGCCUGAUGAGAUGCAACAGGAUGAUGAUGACAAUUCAACUGACCGUGAGCUGCAGGAAGUCUAUGAGAUCAAGGACAAGGCCAAGAAAGACUUCAAAAGAUCCUUCAAGACAUACAAAGAGAGUAGACGCAAAGUGAAAGAGAUCAAAAAGUCCAGACAGCCUUACUACCCUGUGGUAGCCUUGAGUCAGCCGCAAGACAUGCCUAGCAAAUCUGGUUCAAGCUCUACAUCAAUGGGUCAGAUGCCACGGAAGGGUGACUUCAAGUAUGACAAGACUAAAAGCUCUGUGAAAAGUUCAAAUGCGAAACGCAAGCCAAACGAGUUCAGACCACGGAGAGAAGAUGCAAAUUUCACUGAAGCAGAAAUCGCUGAAGCCUUUGCCUACAUGGUGAACGAGGUCUUCACUGGAACUGAGUCCUUAGACGUGCUGCUUGCGUCAAUUCCUGAUGGCUGUGCAGUGAUCGAUACUGGUUGCACGACCAGUGUGGUAGGUCAACAAACGGCUGAACGUUUUUCCAAAUUGUUUCAAAGCCUGAACCUGCCGAUUCCAAAGCCAUGUGAAUUGCCUGCAGUAGAGUUGAAGGGAUUUAGUGGGGAUAAGAGGGGGAUGGAGGCAACCUUAGAUAUGGGGAAUGGCACCAUCACCAGCAAAAAGCACAACAUGGUGAAUUUCCCGCUGAAACGGGCUUCCAAUGGUCAUUUCCUCCUGCCGUUUUGUGAGAUCCCGUCCGAGUUUCAGCCUGAUGUUUCAAAGCGAUCUGCCGAUGUGAGUUUAGCUGAUACUGGAGAUAUGCCCAGUGACCUAUCCGAGCCGAUGUCAUCAUCUGAUGACGACAGCAGAGCAGCCGGCCGUGCUGACACCAAUGAGCCCAAUGACGCAGCCCCUGCAGCCGCUGAGCAGAGGCACGAACCGACUGAGGUAAUGAGAGAUCCAGAGUUGCCCAGACGAACAUCGCCUUGUUCGCGCACAUUCCCAUUGAACGACCGCCAGUGCCAGUGCCAGCUGAAACAGCCAGUCACUGCCAGUGCUGCUGUGAACAAUAGAUUCAAUCUUCCAAAGGGUGGUCCCAGUGAAACCACAGUGUUGCAGCAGCGCAAAAUUGCCAAAAGGCACCUGAGUGCCGUUUCUGAAGCGUGGCAGUUACAGCGUUUGUUUGGUGGUCACUGUCAUGCGGAGAACCCAUUGACUUCUGAAGCAUGGUCACAGUUGCAAUUGCUUGAUUUCCAUGAAGUCCGCAUUGACAUGUGCAGCCUUGGCAUGCGAUGUCCGAAGACAAACGUCCCUGUGCUUAAGCCCACAAAGAUCGUCACCACGAUGCCAGAACUUGCAGAACGACUGCUGAAGUGCCGUUGUGAUCAUUUGCACCAACAUGCCCAUCUUGAAGGUGCGUACAAGGGUCGCAACUUGUCCUCUUGGUGUGAAGUUUAUCCAAGUAAGUUCUGCCGAGUAGUCUCUGAAGUUCUGAGCAACUGCCGUGCCAAGUCACCGAGACUUGAAGAUGCUUUGUUUGACGAAUCCGAUGCACUUGAACCAGCUGAUUCGGAACAACCCGUUCCUAACUCAGAGGGCGCAGUUGCAGCCGCAGCACAGCCUGAGCAAAGACCUGAAAAGAUCAAAGCAAUAAUCCAAAAGUUGCAUACAAACACCGGUCAUGCAUCCGUUGAACAAAUGCUCAGACUUGCCAAGCGUUGCCAAUCGUCCCAAGAAGUUCAAGAUGCCAUCCGAAAGUUCCGUUGCCCUGUGUGCGAGGAGUUGAAAGUACCACCAUCUCGAAGGCAAGCUGCAAUGUGCAGCCCAGAGGGACUUCGACCAGUGCCAGAGGACGAAGCUGAAUUCCGCAGCCUUGCCCGUUCUUUGUCGGAAGGACGUCUGCAUCCCGAGCUGGAGCAAGCUGAACAAAAUGUUUCCUCCAAAUCAGGUCAGUUUGAAGAUCUUUCAGAAGAACACAAACCCAUAGAAGAAGAUCAUGAACUUGAGGAUGAUUUGUGGGAAGAGCCGAAUGUAGAAGACUCACAGCUUGAACAAGGUCCCAAAAAGAUCAGACCCAGCCUUGAUGAUGCAGAGAUCGGUCAAGAUGCGCAAUCUGGUGUACAGUCAGAAGCUUUGCCUGAAACUCCUGAAUCACAACCUCCGAUCACUUCCGAAGAUGAAACCGCAGUCAAUAAUCCAAUGCCACCUGCAGAACCCGAACCUAGAGAUGUGCAGCCUCAUGAAGUUCCGGUGCCAAUGGAUGAUGGUGAUGAACUGAUUGUAGAACAUGAAGAAAAUAAUCCGGUUCCUGGUAAGCAUGAUGUCAUGGAAGUAUCUAUAGAAGUCCGCCCAGAGGACAUCACUGAACAACAGUUGUGCUUGUGGGAAGUGAUUGAAGAUUGCUUCGUCGUGCAGCAGCCAGCGAAACAACGCCGGGUUGAGGUCAGUUUCCGGAAAUUGAGUGAGGAACCCCUGCGCGUGAUCCUUCCUUGCUGCGAAGGUGUGCUGGACAGCUGGCAUGGGCCGCAGGAGUCCGGGAGUAAAGAGAAAGCCAGCGACAAGCGAGCCCAACAGAAAGCCGCAGAGACGCCAAAGUUGAAUGAGGUUGAGAUUUCGAUGACCGUUGGUUUGCUCACUCGGGCGAUUGCCAACAACCAAGCUCGCCCCAUCUUUGAGCGUACAGCUGCCGAAGAUCCCCAGUCAUGUCAGUGGCUGAAGAACUACAUCCCAGGUUUUGAUGUGCCUGGUGGUAUGUCCGAAGCUGCAAAGCGUGUUCGGGAUGAGAUCGAGAGUUCCCAUGGUGAAAGCCCACGUUCAACUGUGUGGAGUGUGGUUGGCCGUGGUGAGAAUUCUUUGCCGAGUGGCUAUGAUGCUGUCACAACUCCUACGCCUGCCGUGGUUGAGCCCAAUGUGACCACCAUCAGCCAAGUGAUCAGGGAUGUCCAUACCCGUCAGAAUGUCAAGAUUUCUCUGCCAGUGGAUUGUGUUGAUGUGGAUGAUUGGUCGAAGACCGUGAUCGUUAUGAAGAAGUAUGAGAAUCAGGGAUAUCGCUAUUCUACGUUGGUUGCCGAAGCACUGCACAACGCUGAAGCCAAAGGAUAUCUCCAAUGGUUGGUGAAGACCUAUGGCAAGGAUGUUGACACACCUUGUGAUACCCAGGCCACUGACUUUGCCAGAUUCCUCCUUCGCAUCAAAUGGCUUGAGACUGAUGGCAACAAGGGAACUGGACGCUUCCAACGUUCGCGCUAG